AUGGGUGUCGAAGCGGAUUACAAACUACCUGAUCCCUCCAGCAGUGCGCAUAGCAAGGAAGAUGUUGAUCCUGAGACCGGCAGCAUCCAGGAAGGCGAGGGACUCGACCGUCUAGGGUACAAGCAGGAGCUCCGUCGAAACCGCUCCGUUCUUACUUUACUCUUCCAGACCCUGGCCAUUGCUGCCAUUCCCUACGGAGAGGGGAGUCCUCUACUCAAUGCCAUCUACGGCGGGGGUCCUCUGUCGAUCUUCGUCGGCUGGAUCAUGGUCUGUGUUCUCGAUGAAUGUGUAGCGUUAUCCUUGGCCGAGCUCGCAUCUCGCUGGCCGACCUCUGCAGGCCCUUACUAUUGGUCGUUUCAGAUUUCAAGGAGCUCCAAGACGGUGCUGUCUUUCAUCAACGGUUGGAUCUGGCUGGUCGGCAACUGGACCAUCACGCUUUCCGUCAACUUUGGCUUCGCAUCGCUGGUCUCGGCCACCGUCUCGAUGUACCAUCCGGACUGGGCCGCUACGGACUGGCAGCUCCUGCUAAUCUUCUACGCCAUCUGCAUAGGCUCGUUCUUCAUCUGCACGUUUGGCAACCGCUACCUUCCCCAGGUCGACAUUGCGUGUGCCACCUUCACCGCACUCACCAUCCUCAUCAGCCUAAUUGCGUUGUCCGUCAAGGCCGACGCGGGCAGACACAGCGCGGCCUACGCUUUGGGCCACUACGAUCAGAGUCUCUCUGGAUGGGGUGGCUUCACCUUCUUCAUCGGACUUCUGCCCGCCGCCUACACGUUCUCUGCCAUCGGCAUGGUCUCCUCCAUGGCAGAGGAGUGUGCCCAUCCCGCAGUCCACGUGCCCCGGGCCAUCAGCCUUUGCGUCCCCGUCGGAGGUCUGGCGGGCGUCUUCUUCAUCCUCCCCAUCUGUUUCACUCUACCCCCGCUGGAAGACAUUCUUACGGCCCCCGCCGCCCAGGCCCUCCCCUACAUCUUCCACCGGGUCAUGGGCAGCCCCGGCGGCGGCCUCGCGCUGACCACCCUCGUCCUCGUCAUCACGCUUUUCUGCUCCAUCAGUAUCACCGUAGCCGCCUCGCGCUCCACCUGGGCGUUCGCCCGCGACGAUGCCAUUCCGCUCGCCAGCCUCUGGGCCCGCGUCGACCCCCGCCUCGGUGUCCCCGUCUGGUCCCUCCUCCUACUCACCGUCAUCCAGAUGCUUCUCGGUCUCAUCAACCUCGGCAGCUCGAGCGCCUUUACCGCCUUUGUCUCCGUCGGCGUCAUCGCCCUCGCCGUCGCCUACGCCAUCCCCAUCUUCCUCAGCCUCCGGCACGGCCGCACGGAUGUCUCCAAGGCCCUGUGGAACUGUGGACCCGUCGUCGGUCCAAUCGUCAACGUCGUCGCCCUGUGCUGGAUCGGCUUCGAACUAGUCCUGUUCAGCAUGCCUACCGUGCUGCCCGUUACGAGGGUCUCGAUGAAUUAUGCGUCCGUCGUGUUUGUGGGCUUCCUGGCCAUCGCGGCGGCCUGGUAUGCUGUAUAUGCACGGAAAUGUGAGUUUGCUGUCUGCCUCUCGUAUCUGUGGGAUGUUUGCUCAUUCGUUGUCCGCGCCCUGUAG